AUGCUUGUUAGGAUCAAUACUCUUCUCCAAGGCUACUCUGAAAUCCUGUUCGAAAUCUUGGAAGCCAUCACAAAUGCUGUGGGACCUGCCAGAGAGACGCUAAAUGCCGAGAAAGCCUUCGAGUUUGCUGGUGUCAUUGGAGGAUUUUUCGAGUUGCAACCUAAAGAAGGCCUUGCACUUGUUAAUGUCACAGUUGUUGGUUCUGGCUUGGCGUCUAUUGUUCUUUUUGAUACUAACAUUCUGGCUCUUCCGUCUGAAGUUAUGUUAGCAAUUUUUGCUGAAGCUUCUCAGAAGUUACACGAAAUGGAUCCACUGCAAAAAUCAAAAGAAGAUCUGUAUGCACUUAGAACGUCCCCACGAUGGCUCGGGCCUCAAAUUGAAGUCAUUCGCUCUGCAACAAAAAUGAUCGAGAGGAAAAUAAACCCAGUGAACGAUAAUCCAUUGAUCGAGGUUUCAAAGAACAAGGCAUUUCAUGGUGGCAACUUCCAGGGAACACCAAUUGGAGUUUCCAUGGACCAUGCUAGAUUAGCCAUUGCAUCAAUUGGGAAGAAUCCAAGUUUGGAUUAUGGUUUCAAGGGGGUGAAAAUUGCUAUGGCUUCUUACUGUUCAGAGCUCCAGUUUUUAGCAAAUCUGGUCACAAACCAUGUCCAGAGUGCCGAGCAACACAACCAAGAUGUAAACUCGUUUUUUAUUUCAUCUCGUAAAACAGCUGAAGCUGUAGAUAUCUUGACACUCAUGUCAUCCACUUAUCUCAUGGAGUUAUGCCAAGUAAUAGAUUUGAGGCACUUUGGAGGAUGA